AGGGCGCAGCAGGCGCGGGCGCAGCGGGGCUGAGCAGUGGGCGAUGGGGACCCGGCACCCCAGGCAGCGCUGGCACCCCCAGCACCGGACAUGAGCCAUGCCCUUCAACCUGAGCCUGGCCAGCGAGGCGACCACGUGUGCGGCGCCCGGAGUCCCCAACGCGUCGGCCGUGCCGCCGUCGGGCGGUUCGGGCGCAUCGCCCGCGCUGCCCAUCUUCUCCAUGACGCUGGGCGCCGUGUCCAACGUGCUGGCGCUGGCGCUGCUGGCGCAGGCCGCGGGCCGCCUGCGGCGCCGCCGCUCGGCCACCACUUUCCUGCUGUUCGUCGCCAGCCUGCUGGCCACCGACCUGGCGGGUCACGUGAUCCCGGGCGCGCUGGUGUUGCGCCUGUACACGGCGGGGCGCGCACCGGCUGGUGGAGCCUGCCACUUCCUGGGCGGCUGCAUGGUCUUCUUCGGCCUGUGCCCGCUGCUGCUGGGCUGCGGCAUGGCCGUGGAGCGCUGCGUGGGCGUCACGCGGCCACUGCUGCACGCGGCGCGCGUCUCGGCGGCCCGCGCACGGCUGGCGCUGGCCGCGCUGGCCGCCGUGGCCUUGGCCGUGGCGCUGCUGCCGCUGGCGCGCGUGGGCCGCUACGAGCUGCAGUACCCAGGCACUUGGUGCUUCAUCGGCUUGGGCCCCCCGGGCGGCUGGCGCCAAGCGCUGCUCGCCGGCCUCUUCGCCGGCCUCGGCCUGGCCGCGCUAGUGGCCGCGCUCCUGUGCAACACGCUCAGCGGCCUGGCCCUGCUGCGCGCCCGCUGGCGCCGCCGGUGCUCCCGAAAGCUGCCCCCGGCCUCGGGCCCCGACAGCCGCCGUCGUGGGGGGCCGCGCGGACCCCGCUCAGCCUCUGCCUCGUCCGCCUCGUCCAUCGUUUCCACCUCCGCCACCCUCGGCAUCUCCCGGGGCCGCGGCUCAUCGCGUAGAGCCCGCGCCCACGACGUGGAGAUGGUGGGCCAGCUCGUGGGCAUCAUGAUGGUGUCGUGCAUCUGCUGGAGUCCACUGCUGGUGUUGGUGGUGCUGGCCGUCGGGGGCUGGAGCUCCAGCUCGCUGCAGCGGCCGCUGUUUCUAGCCGUGCGCCUUGCCUCCUGGAACCAGAUUCUGGAUCCCUGGGUGUACAUCCUGCUGCGUCAGGCUGUGCUGCGCCAGCUGUUUCGCCUCCUGCCCCCGAGGGCCGGCGCCAAGGGCGGCCCCGGAGGGCUGGGCCUCACCCCAAGCGCCUGGGAGGCCAGCUCGCUGCGCAGCUCCCGGCACAGUGGCCUCAGCCACUUCUAA